GAAUUUUAAGGUUAUGAUUAUGUCAGUGAUGUGAAUUUGUGAGGUUACCAAGUAACACAUUACAUUUUCAUAUUAUUUAAUUAUUAGAAAUAAAUACGUAAUAAGUUCCGGCAAUGGGUACUAAAGAAGAAACUGACUUUAAAGUUAAAACUGAAGAUGACGAGGUUAAACCAUCAUUAAGUGGAACAAUAAAAUUUCCUUCAGAAUCUAAAUAUGCCCUUAUCAAGAAUAAACAAGUUAGAAAUGGACAAUAUCAGAAAGAAAAACGGGAAAAGAAAAAGGCUAAAAAGGAGGCAAAGAAAGCAAGAGACAAAGAAGGUCAACCCAAAAAAGUUCCACAUACAAUUGAAAGUCUAAGAGAAAAAGAUGAAACCACAAUUACGGAUUUAAACGAUGCUGAAAAUGAACUUGUUCGUGAUGAUUUGGAGGAGGAUGAGUUUAGUGAGUUUUAUAAGCAAUCAUAUGAACCUAAAGUAUUAAUUACAUAUGCUGACAAUCCCAUGAAAAAAACAAGAAUAUUUGGUAGAGAACUUACAAGAAUUAUCCCAAAUUCAGUUUCUCUCUAUAGAAACAGAUCAGGAGUUAAGAAAAUGGUAAAAAGUGCUACGCAAAAAGGAUAUACUGAUAUUCUAAUUGUUAAUGAGCAUAAAAAAGAACCUGAUGGUCUCUUACUUAUUCAUUUACCCGAUGGACCCACAGCUCAUUUUAGAGUCAGUAAUGUUAGAAUAACAACAGAGCUUAGAAAAAAUCAUAGAGAUAUAACUGCACAUCGUCCUGAGGUAGUUUUAAAUAAUUUCUCCACAAGGUUAGGUCUAACUGUAGGUAGAAUGUUGGGAGCCUUAUUUCACUAUGACCCAGAAUUUGAAGGACAAAGAGCUGUAACUUUCCAUAAUCAAAGAGACUUUAUAUUUUUUAGACACUACAGGUAUGGAUUUGAUGCGAAUGGAAAAAAAUGUAGGCUAAAGGAAUUAGGGCCAAGAUUCACUUUAAAACUGAAAUCGUUACAGAGAGGAACUUUUGAUAGUAAAUAUGGAAAAUACGAAUGGAUAAUUGAUGGAAGACGACAUUCCAUGGAAACCAGCAGAAGGAAGUUCAAUUUGUAAUAUUCGUUAUAUUUAUGUCAUAAUAAAUAUAUAUCAUAGUUUCUUUUAUACAAA